AUGAAGCCUCAGAUGGCUGUGUCACUGGCUUCAGCUGUCAUACAACUUGUCAACUUUGCGAGGAAAGUGAUCCAAAAGGACAAGGUGGGCAAGGUAUCUAAAUCCACCAGCACCACCCUAGGAGAGGCUACACUGCUCGAUGACGCCAUCGCUAAUCUCGGCGACUUAUCACAACAACUUGAGAAGGCACGACGCGCAUACUACAAGUCACAUAUAUCCCCUAAUCAGGAAAUUGCAGAUGCGCAACUGGUUGCAUUGGUGAAGGAUGGUGGGGGAGUGGCGAGGAUCUUACAGGCAACACUGGAUCAAGCGAAGCGCGACGAUGACGUCGACGAGGAGACGGUGCUUGCACAAGGAUUACGCAGCAUUCUGAGCUUGUACUACAGCCAGAAGACGAUAUGUGAUCUUGCGGACAAACUUGACUCUAUUCGCAAGCGAGUAGAUGUCGCUCUGCUUGCCUCGCUCCGGUCAGUGAGAUGUCACCAAUGCGACCACACAUUGACCCAGAUUAUAGACAGCAUGCGGCUCAACAGCAUUCAGUUCAUUCGGAGAAAAGACGGCUUCCGGUGGACGGCGAUACAGGACCUGAUACACUCCUCCUCCAGUCUAUCGCGCAUCACGAUUGGAAAACUACGGAGACGGUUGAUGUCGCUGCAUUUUCAGACACAUUCGAGAACUCCGUCGUAA